AGUGUUGACUACUUCCAUACUUUUGAUAACACAUAAUUAGCUGGGCAAUUCAGAUGCAAUGGAUAGUGAGUUUGAAUCCCAACUAUUAUGUUUUAUUUUUUGUAUCCUCAUUGUAUUCAGCCUAACCCCAACUACUACCUGCAGCUUAAUUACUUAUUUUUUUUCACAAUGGGAGACAUUCUUAUUCAAGACAGCAAUUUGAUUUAUUCCCAAUCCAAUGGCCGCCAUUAGAAUUUCAUUAGCGCUCAAAUAAACAAUCAGUCGUUAUGAUUUAUGAUUUACUAAAGAGGUCGGGGACUUGACUUGACUUGACUUGACUUCAGGUGCCAGGCAGCAAAUUACACGCCAGACAUCGGGUGGGUGGCCCCGAAACAAGAGCGGUGUGUAGUCUAGUCGCACAUUGUUGCAGACCUACAAAGUUGCAACAUCGGAGCAACAGAUUGAUGAGAGGUGGAAUUUGGCGCAAUCUCCUAUAAAACCACAGAAGUUAUUGUCCAACAGCACCUGAAGGGAAAUGAGGGAGUGCAUCUCCAUCCAUGUGGGUCAGGCAGGAGUGCAGACGGGGAACGCGUGCUGGGAGCUCUUCUGCCUGGAGCACGACGUGGGGCCUGACGGGGUGGUCCUGGAUGUGCCCCUGCAGGCCAACUCUCGCCAGGACCCCUUCAACACCUUCUUCAACACGGGCAGCUCCGGGCGCCAUGUCCCCAGAGCCCUGUACGUGGACCUGGAGCCCACUGUGAUAGAUGAGGUGAGGGUUGGGACAUACAGAGACCUUUUCCAUCCUGAGCAGCUUAUUUCCGGGAAAGAGGAUGCAGCCAACAACUACGCCCGUGGCCACUACACUGUUGGCAAGGAGAUGAUUGACACGGUCAUGGAGCGUAUCCGUAAAAUGACGGAUCAGUGCACUGGGCUCCAGGGCUUCCUGGUGUUCCACAGCUUUGGCGGCGGAACCGGCUCUGGCUUCACCUCCCUGCUGAUGGAGCGCCUGUCAGUUGACUACGGCAAGAAGUCUAAGCUGGAGUUCGCCAUCUACCCGGCCCCCCAGGUGUCCACCGCCGUGGUGGAGCCCUACAACUCCAUCCUCACCACCCACACCACCCUGGAGCACACCGACUGUGCCUUCAUGGUGGACAACGAGGCCAUCUACGACAUCUGCCACCGCAACAUGGACAUUGAGCACCCCAGCUACAUCAACCUCAACCGCCUCAUCGGGCAGAUUGUCUCCUCCAUCACCGCCUCGCUGCGUUUCGACGGCGCCCUCAACGUGGACCUGACGGAGUUCCAGACCAACCUGGUGCCGUUUCCCCGCAUCCACUUCCCGCUCGUCACCUACUCCCCCAUCAUCUCCGCCGAGAAGGCCUACCACGAGCAGCUCACCGUGCUGGAGAUCACCAGCUCCUGCUUCGAGCCGGCCAAUCAGAUGGUCAAGUGUGACCCCCGCCACGGCAUGUACAUGGCGUGCUGCAUGCUGUACCGCGGCGACGUGGUCCCCAAGGACGUGAACGCAGCCAUCGCCAACAUCAAGACCCGGCGCUCCAUCCAGUUUGUGGAUUGGUGCCCCACUGGUUUCAAGGUGGGGAUUAACUACCAGCCUCCAACUGCAGUGCCUGGGGGCGACCUGGCCACGAUCCAGAGGUCUGUGUGUAUGCUGAGCAACACCACGGCUAUUGCAGAGGCCUGGGCCCGCUUGGACCACAAGUUUGACCUGAUGUAUUCUAAGCGGGCCUUUGUCCACUGGUACGUGGGCGAGGGCAUGGAGGAAGGAGAGUUUACUGAAGCCAGAGAAGAUAUGGCCUGUCUCGAAAAGGAUUAUGAGGAGCUAGGCAAAAUGAGUACUGACUCGGAUGGUGAUGAAUUGGGUGAAGAGUAUUGAUCCUUUAGCCCUCAGGCUGUGAUUACAUGACUCUUCUACUUUUUAUUAGCAAUUUAGUAUUUUUACUGUUCAAAUGUUAAUUUGUUCAAACCCUUACUUUGAGUUACAUUAUAAGUUAAUUUAACAUAUUGAGAUUGUUUCCCACUUUCUGUUAUACAUUGCAUAACAAAUUGUAUUGCUAAAAACACGUGUAAAUUAAAAGGGAAAUAGGCCUAAUGCCACGUUGUGUUUUCUAAAAAUACAAAAAACUCCCCGAUGUAACCCGAUGUUAGUUGUUUAUUUUGUGAGAAUAUUAAAUUAUAAGACAAAACUGGUUGAAACUGAAUGUAAGCAAUAUUCCAAAGCUAAAUUAAUUAGUCAUAGGUUAUUUAAACAACGAGUCCCGGUAGCCAUGGAACUGUCACCUGAAAAUAUCCAUCCGCCCAAGUGUAAACAUAGGUUACAAAGGAAAAUUGUUUGUAGACAGUCAAGUAAAUAAUUCAUCAUAUGACUAUGCCUUUUCUAACACCGGCAUUGCAAACGGCCCAAAAAAUUACUUUGGGUAUUGAUAAGAGACGUAGUCAAUAAAAGACACAAUUCAUAGUUUUUGUUUCAUUAACCAUUGCCCUUCAUCUCAUGAAUACAAACCAAUUUAUUCUGAAUAUCACUGCGGUGUGUUUUAAUAACCUUUAUUUCUGCUGAUUAUUAACAAGUCAAAUUGAUACGAUGCAUAACGAACAUAGGCUUCUUAAUAAACAAAUACAAAUGUCGUUGAGAUCAAGACUUUUAAGAUGCCAAAUUGGACCAAAAAAGACUGACUGCCCUUAGGGGACUAUGGUAUUGGGUAUAUUCUUUGAACACACCGCAGAUUCAAACCUAAAGGAAUUGUAAUAUUCGGUUCUCCCAAAAGUAAGAAAUGACUAGAUUUGCAUUUUUGUUCCCUAUCAUCUUGAAUCAAUGAAAUAUCCUAGCUGAAGAACACUACUGCUUUAGCUUCACCAAAGAAAAACAUUUGCUUAUUCCUUCUUGUGUUUGCCAAAUCGGGGGGGCUAAAAUAUGUUGUUUUGUUGAAAUUGCAAUAAAGAAAACGUUGAAUAA